AAUCCCGCCUUUACGGGCCGGAGACCCCCGUAAAAAAUCCAGUCUUUUCGGGGGGAAUCGCCGCCCGCUCUGGUCCCCCGGACCCAGACCCAGAUCAAUCUGGCGCCUCUCUUGUUCCUCUCGCUCCACUCGAUUGCGCCUUCGCCGUGGCGUGUGCCGCCGCCCGCUGCCGCUGCGCCGAGCGCUGAGGCUGCCGUGGCGCACGCCGCGUCAUAGCGUGAUCAUGCAUCCGCGCGCGCGCGCGGCUCACGGCUGGGACGCGGCAAGCCUUGUCGCUCUCGGCUGCUCGCCAUCCGGGGAGCCGAAAGGCGCCGCGAUCCUUCGCCGUUUUUGAGCGGUGUGGUCUCGCUGUUGAAUGGUCGCCGCGCAGACCAUGAUGGAUGGCUGCCGCGCGCGGUGACCUCACUUGCCUCCCCAAAAUGAACAAUCUUUGCUUCUUUCCUUGGCGCACCGAAAUCCCAAUUGUGGAGAGGGGCAUAGACCUGGUCUACGGGGGAGGAUCCAUCGGCCUCAUGGGGCUGGUGUCUCAUGCAGUUCAUGAUGGAGGGCGCCAUGUGAUUGGGGUCAUCCCAAGAUCCUUGAUGCCCAGAGAGGUAACUGGUGAGCCUGUUGGGGAAGUAAGGGCAGUCUCCGGAAUGCAUGAAAGGAAAGCUGAGAUGGCUCGGUUUGCUGAUGCUUUCAUAGCAUUACCUGGCGGCUACGGGACUCUGGAGGAGUUGCUUGAGGUCAUCACCUGGGCGCAACUAGGAAUCCAUAAGAAGCCGGUUGGCCUUCUAAACGUGGACGGGUUCUACGAUCCGCUGCUAUCCUUCAUCGACAUGGCUGUCAACGAAGGGUUCAUAAAGGAGGACGCGCGGCGCAUCAUCAUCUCCGCACCUACAGCGAAGGAGCUCGUUCUCAAGCUUGAGGAGUACGUUCCCGAGUACGAGGUUGGUUUGGUGUGGGAGGAUCAGAUGCCAUCGGCGGCGCACAGCUUCGCCCCCGAGCUGGAGCCCGGGAUUGCUUCCUCCUGAUCCGGACGCCGGGUCGCCUACUACACCUAACCCAGAUUCUGACCGACAGCCGGCCGGCCCCAACAAGACCCCAGUAGUAGCAUCUAACAAAGAAGAACGGGACGUUAUUCUAGCUCCAGCGCUUGUCAAGAUUGUUCUUUUGGGACAGAGAUAGCGGUGUUGUUAAUCCUUUAUUAGCAUCUCGUAGCUUGCAGUGCCCUCUCCCUGUCAUGGCUGCCCGCCUUUUGCUCCUAGUAGAAGUAGGAAAGGAACGCCUGUAAAUUCCCGGGGUAUGUGGCGAUUCCUCCGAUUGUUCGUUCGCACGUGUGAUGGAUGGUCUGAUCUGAUGGAUGGAACAUGGAUCAUCGGAUGAUGUAUUUUGUCCAGAACCCGUGCAGAUGAUUUUGUUCAUUCUCUUCU